AAGUAAAAAAAAAAAAAAAAACAGAGGCGCCCUUGUUUAUACGCUUGCCGCGGGGUCGCCGCCUUCCGCGAACCCCGCCGCAUAUGAGUGAGUGAGGGAGCGAGCGAACGCCCUGGGGAUUUGAAGCGAACUAAAAUACCGUCUUGUUUUUCAGUUCGUUCAUGUUAUUUUACCGAACCGUAUUUUUAAUUCCUCUGUCAGCCGUUUUGUUGUUGUAGUCCCCGGGUGUCCGCAGUGGCCGUACAAAUCCUAGCCCGGUUUUGCUGUGUAACUGCAGCCAUCUAAGCGCGCAGCUCUUUCUUUACCCCAUGGGCAGCUUUUUGCUGUCAGGCCACAGUGCCCUUACCAACACAUUAUGAAAGCAAAACUGAUCAUUAACGACUCAAGCAUGUUAUUUUGUAACUGCUUCACUAAACCCUAUAGAGAUUUUCCCCUUAUUAGUAUUAAACUUCACUGUCAAGACUGGGGGGGGAAUAAAAGACAGAUAUUGGCCACCUCGGGCUCAGCAUUAUCCUCUUGCUGUUUUCGUUUUUACGCUUGCAGUAGUGAAUUACAGGUAACGCCCCCCAAAAAUCGGGGACACUCAACUAGUGGGAGAAAAUGAAUCUUCUCUUUAGUUAUUUUUAUUUUUUUUUCUUCUUCACUAAUUUCUUAGGACCAUAACAGGGUUAAAGACUUGUGCUUCACAACUCCAGGAAGCGGACUUUCAUUGAUUGUUUUUGUGGCCUUUGCAUGCUCUGCCAGUGUCUGCAGAUUGUGUUCCACUUGUACGUCGCAUUAAUUGGUGACUCAGAAUCGGGGUGACAAACUCCGAUCGUGGAGGACCGCAGUGGCUUCGGGUUUAAGUACCCCGUUAUUAAUGCUAAUUUAACAUCCUACUAUUGUCUUAAUUAUUGAUUCCGUAUUUUUUUUUUCCAUUAACCAGCGUCUAAACAAUAAAAACACAAAGCAAACCAAUAGGGAACCAGCAAAAUCAGGGGUCUCAAACCAUCUGGAAGGGCCACCAUUUUGAGUUCAGCCAAUUUCCAGUUUAGCGCUUAAUGAAACCCAUUUAAUUCUGAAGCUUCUUAGUGAUUUCAGUAUCACAUACCAGUCGUUUCCAGAACAUAAUUUUUUUUUUGAUAUCAUCAUCCAGAUGAUUUGUGGACUACAGGAGAUCAAUACUUUUUGCAUCUUCACUUUUUUCUUUUCGAAUAUUUUAUUGAGACAAGUAUUAUAUGAACAACACACGUGCGAAUGGGACCUAAGGUUGGCUGCCGGUUAAGGCAGAAAUUAAAUAAAAUGCAAGUCAGUUAAAGUCAAGUCAUCAUAGUAUGUUUGUGACAGUCAGGGUUGGCUUCACGCUCCCUUGCGGGUUGGAGCGGCUCCAGGAUACAACAUUCAAUAGUCACAAGAUGAAAAGAGCCGGGCGAAUGAAGACACACACACAUCUAGGAAAGCAAAAAGUGUCAGUGCUUUUGUUAAAAAUAAAAGCCAGUGUUCAAAUAAAUAGUGCAAUGCAGUACUUCAAUCAUUAAGCAGUGAAAUAAAUGAUCGAUUAAAGCAGUGCAAAUUGUGUAGGUACAAAAAAUCCGUAAUAAAUAAUUUCAUAAAAAUGAGGUUAAAAUCUUUUCUUUUUUUUUAAAAAAAAAAAAGAGCCCCAAUGCUUCCUCCUAAAACCGAUGCCCAACUGACAGAUGCAGUCAACCCUUAAUUCCUGGCUCGGGCUUCAGCAUCUAUGGGGUGCAGCGCCAAACCACACAUGCGUCUCCAUCCAACAGUCCCUUGGCGCUCCUGCACCCCAGCAUCGUUCAAUAGGAGCACCCUGUCUUCACCCUGAGGCUCGCUCCUGUCCACCUGCCUCCACUCCUUCUAACACAUGGGCUCUCCUGAUGCUUUCUUUCUUUAUUUUUUCCUAUGUAACCUCUGUUUUCUCUUCUUCUGAUCUUUCCUUUUUUUGUUCUCCCUUUCCCUGUCUUCCUUUGUCUGCUGUCCCUCUCUGCCACGGAGGCUCCUUUAUACAGCCUGCCUGGGUGCAAAUGAGGCCCUCGGGCCCACUUCAAGGUGUGAAUGAGUCACCUGACUGAUCCACUUGCAUAUGCAGAGGCUGAAGGCUGCUGUCCAUUAUACGACUGGGUUAAUUUGCCGGCAGAUGGAAGAAGAAAAAGAAGUGCAGUUUACUCAACAAAUAAUCGCUGCCAUUGCUGAGACAGCUUUCAAACAGUGUGAGAUCUUUGCAGAAGAUCUUGAAUUAUUUUCAAGGCAUGCAAAACGGAGCACAGUAAAUGUAGAUGAUGUGAAGAUCACAGUCAGGAGGAGUAAACCUCUGCUUGAUUUUAUCUGCCAGAAGAGUGAAGAACUAGCUGCUGAUCAACAAGAGAAAAAAGAAAAAAAGAAAAAGACCGCUGGGAAAGGCAAGAAGAGAAAAGUUCAUAUUGAGUCAGACGUGUCUGAGAGUGAAGAUUCCAACAUGCUUUAGUGUCAGCCUUUCGUUUGUUUGUUACUGUACAUGUAGUUGGGAGGUCCUUGUACUCCAGGUUUUGACAACCUCACUGAUACGGUGUACAUACGUGGUGUGAAUUGCAGUCUUUAGUCAUCUCUGUGGUUGUUCAAAUUUAUUUUCUUGAUUUAAUUCAAUACUUUUCAUUUAUUUAUGAUUAAUCUGAUGUAUCAUCACAUAUUGAAAAGAUACAUAUGGUAAAUAUCUCCAUUUUUAUUUAUGUAAAUACAUUUACUAUUCAAAAUAAAGGUUGCCAGAAGUGACUGUCUAGGCUUUUGCAAUAUAUGGAUAGCUGCACCUUACUUAAUUUUUGCAAAUAUUGUAAGUGGAAGUUAUAAGACAAUUCCAAUGUCAUAGACCAGUGCUGCCAGUGAAUUGUUUGUCACAUAUUUUAACUGGUAGCUGAAAACAUUUAGUGUUUUUGUAUUUUGCAUAUAUAGUCUAUUUCUAGAACUCAGCAAAAUAAAUACCAUGUUUCCAGAAAGCUAUGAUAUACAUGUUUUAAUAACAGAUCAUCUGUUUAGUACUGCUCAAUUGUUUUUGGGGUUAUGGGAUGAAGGGUUACUAGCCCAGAAGCAGGCACACUCAUGCACACACCCAUGACAACUUAGACAAUUUAGACUUGCCACUCAAUAUAUUCUGCAUGUCUCUGGAGUGUGUUAGGAAAGCUGUAACACCUGGAGAAGAAGCCCUCGUAACAACUGUCUGGAUCACAGCUUGCAGUUAUGAAGCAAUAGUGUGAACAUACUUAAAUAAAUUGUGUUCUGUUUUGUUAAACAUGGUGUAGUCUGUUGAAAUCAGGAACGUUUUUAUAAAUAGAUGAUGUCAUGUGAAUAUUAUUAGCAUAUUAGGUCUGUCAACUGUUAAAACUUCACUUGAAUUUCACAAUAUACAAUUUGGACACUUUAACUCAACUAGUGCUAAAUAUAAGUUUGUCUGAACUUAUUUGUUUUAAAGUCUUGAUUUUUCAUUUGUCAUUACUUCCUUUAUUUUUUAUUUUUACGUUUUUGGACAUGUUUUCAUGCUUUUAAAUUUAAUUUGUUUGAAUAUCUGAGAGUUUGAGUGGAUCUUAUUUCAUAUAUAGGCAAGCACGUUGGUUAGGAACAAAUGGAAAGAAGGCUAUUCCUAAUUUGUACGCCACCUUUAGUGUUAAAAUGGGCAUUUCAAUUACUAAACUUUUCUGUUGCCUUGUGUAAUCAUUUUAGCAUUCAUGCUUUUACUCUAGAGAAAAACAUAUAUAGUACAAAAAGAAGCAGUGCACUGAACGUGUCCUUCCAAAGUGUGUUAAAUCCUAUGUGCUUAAUAAAAUGGUUUUCUGUAUGUGAGUUUAGCAAUAUCCAUCCAUCCAUUUUCUAACCCGCUGAAUCCGAAUACAGGGUCACGGGGGUCUGCUGGAGCCAAUCCCAUGAUGCUAUAUUGUUUUUCUUUUAUAGUACACAUUUAUUUGAAAUCAUUUGACACUGUUUUUUGUUGUUACACCCGUAUGAUUUACUUAGCUUCAUUGGGAAACAUAGUGAGAAGCACAGUAUGGAAACAUGUAUACUGUACACAAUAAUCAGACUGCCCCACUUAGAGAUACAGUAGGUCUACCUGCUACAUGUGAAAUAACGCAGCUUACCCACUUGUUAUUUUAUACACUUGUUUCCAGAUCAGUCAGGAGAGAAAACAACAACAUGUCAGAUGCAAUUUUGCCAUUUUGGUCUGCUAUUUAGGGAAAAUGAAUGUAAAUGUAAUUAUCCUCCUGUUACACCGCUGUUUCAGCAGUCACAAAGAUAUACACAUCUGACCCAGUAAUAUACAUCUGUAUGUGUAUUAAGGAGGAAAGAGGGAUAAGCACUUUUUUUGUUUAAGUCAGUGCAAUCUGAGAAAUGUUUUGUAAACUUAUGGUAGUCUUGGUUAUGUUAAGAUGUGGAUUCUAGUCAGUAUAUAAAUCUUGAUUUAAAAAGUAGGAGGAAUGCUUAAUUUACAACACUUCCUCUUUGAAAUUGUGUUCAUUGUAGUCAUUUUCUAUGACAGCUGUUGCUGUGUACAGUUUUUAUAAAGCAUUUUGUUUAUAGUUAUUUAAAAUGCCUAAAAUACAGUAUUUGAAACUAGCAUCUUAUUAAUGGCAGAAGGACAAAAUAGAGACAGAAGAUAUUUUCUUUCUGAAAGCAUUGUCAUUGUGAUAUUUUUUUGUUUAUUCAUUGUGAAUUAAAUUAUUCUGUCACUCAGAACCCUUGAA